AUGACGGCACCUUCUUCUCCUUCUACACCGUCUCCUACUCUCACAAGCCAUGCGGCAGUUUCUCCUGUUCCGCCGCCAGUACCUGUUGAGACUCAUCCCAAUCGAGGGGCACGAAAGCUGCCUGGACUAGGUCGACCUCCAUCAGGAUCGGAUCUUCCCGCCUCAGACGAUGUCUACAAGACAUAUUCUCCACCUCGGUUAAGGCCACUACCUGAUGGCAAGUCACCGGGUCUCAGCAGCUUGAAUGGGACACUUCAUAGUUCACAAGCAGCAUCGGCUGCGGCAGCUGCUCUACGACCCGCAGUCGCCUCCUUACGUCCUCCCCCAGCGAUCCCAACCUCAGCACGGCUCGAACAGGACAAGAAGAGAAGGAGCGCAAGCCGGAAAAGGCGUCAGCCCGGAGGUUGGAAGAAACUGCUGUGGAUUCGCCAGCCAUAUCCCGACAAUUACACCGAUGCUGAGACCUUCCUUGACCAUUUGCAGCGCAACCCAAAAUUGCGCCCUUACGAUUUUUGGCCUCUAGUGGCUGACUCAACAGUGAUCGUGCAACACGUUUGUUCGGUUGCCAUCUUUGUCUGCUGCUUCGCUGGUAUCUACCAAGACAGAAUCUCUCCUGUAUCCGUCGUGGGGCUUGCUAGUUUAGCAACGGUUUUUGGAUGGAGUCUCUGGGACUUUUGGAUGGGACAAGAGGAGGCAGAGUUGGCAGCAGAAGCCGCCGCCGCCGUCGCUGCCGACGACUUGGCUCGAAAAGUAUGCGUUGAAGGUCCUGAGGAUUGCUCCACGACCAGCUCAGAAGGCUCUUUCAACCAUGCGACAGUGACUGGAAAUGGCCACAUCGCAUGGAAGCCAAAUGACCAUGGUUUGGGUCUUAGUCUCUCAACAUCAGAUCUGACAAUGCAGAGCCAUGACCAGAAGCCAUCAAAGGCCAGCAUGCACUCACAUUCAGUUUCUGCAAAUUCGCUUCAAUCAGUCUCACCCAUUACACCAUUGCAUGAAAGUGCUUCUGAUGCUUUUCCACCACUGGAGCCCUCGCCAUCUCGACAAUCACAAGCUCCGGCAUUUAGUGGGACAACUCUCUCGCCGUCGCUUUCACCACGUGUUCAGUCACGAUUAAAAACUGUCAAAUCUGCCCUACUCAUCUACUUUACCCUCCUCGGCCUAUCGCCGAUUCUUAAAUCCCUCACACGUUCUACAAGCUCGGACUCGAUUUGGGCUCUUGCCACCUGGCUUCUCAUCAUCAAUAUCUUCUUCUUCGAUUACGGCGGGCUCUACGUUCCACCCAAACCCUGUUUGUCUCAAGUGGCCGGCCAAAAGUUGGCAGCAAAUGGUUCUGUUAUUAAUGAUUCUGCCCUGAUGUCGUCUCCCGGGAGCUCAGGUAGUGCUCCCCCUUUCCCAUCGAGUCUCUCCACAAAUGCGGCCUUGAUGGCGUCUACCGUACUCGCAUCCCGCUUACCCAGCAUCACGCAUGUCUUCUCGCUCACUGUCACAGCCAGGAAUGGGGAGCGGUUUCGAGUGAUUGGCUCGUUUUGGCUAACAUCCACGUCUUAUGGGUCUUUCGAUCCGGGCACAGCCGCUCCUUUCGCUUCGUGCCCCGAUAAUGGCACUGAAGGUGUGGUUGCUGCCGUCCAAUCUUCAUAUCACGCCUCUGAAACCUACAGAAUAGUAAAUCCUCGCAAGCGUGCCCUAUUAUUGAUGUCCUGGCACCAACUCAUCCUCUACCAUCGCGAUGACAUAGCCAGGAUACUAACCUACAAGACCGGCAAACUUCCGGCAGAAUCUCAAUCUGAAAUCGGUUAUGGAACAGGAUUCACCUGGCGGUUCUCGGCCGAAGCCGAGCGCAUUCAAAGCAGCGUCUUUGCACCCUCGGCGCCUAACAGGUGCACAGUAGUGAUCCAGCAGUCCAAAGGUCUGGCUGUUGCUCUCAUUCCGUGGAACUUCCUAAUCGCGAUGGUGUUGCGCAAAGCCGGAGCAGUCCCUUACAGCCGGAUGUACCAUGAUCGUGAAACCGUCCCCAGAGACGCCUUUGACAUGCUUGACCCUAGCCCAUUUAGCGGUAAAGCUGGGUUUGAGCACGGUGUAUGCAAUGUACCGACGACGAGUGUGGAGAAUACACUGUCGUUAGGUGAAGCGCUUGUUAAGCAUCCACUCGUGAAGAAGGUGACCUUUACCGGUAGUAGUACCCGUGCAGGAAAUUUCGUUGCCACGCAUGAUGCGGCAAGGCCGAAUAAAGUGACCAUGGAGUUGGGUGGAAUUGUCACUUCACUGUGCUUAACGAUACCAAUCCCGAACUAA